UGAAACGUCACUUCCGGGUCUACAACUGCGGCUCUGAAACAGUGGAGUUUUAGCUCUCUGUCUCUCUCUCGAUCCAAGGUUCACAGUCUUGGUGCCAAACGUCCAAUCGCGAAGUAUUUCAUUUGCAAAGAGUGGAACUCUAAAGCGGCAAUGAAAGCUCGACGACUGCAAGGAGUACUUGUCGGAAAGCAGGUUAUAUUCGAAUUGAAAAUGACAGGAAAUGGAGGACUGAGAUCGCGAAAACAGGCGCAGUCAUCCGAUUAUCCGAAGGAAAGAAAAAUAUCCAGGGCAUCCAAGCAAACUAAUAAUGAUGUGCAGAAACACCGGAGGCGUUCGACUGAUCCCAUUUUCGGAUUUUAUUUACUUCAGACUACCUCGUCUUUCUGCUGAAGAAGGACGUUUGUCUAGGCUUCCAAUGACAUGGUGUUCAAGAAAUGGGAGUGGCGUCUGUUUUGUCACAGACCUUUUUUUAGCUCAGCUUUUGGUCUCGCGGGGCGUACUGUUUUAAUGCAGCGUCGACGAGCUUGCUGAUGUUUGCGACCAUUUGUAUUUGCCGGAGCGUCAUUGGGAAACGUGGGAGGAAAAGAGGCACAAAUUAAGGCUUUACAGCUUGAGACACAUCACGGCUAAAUCCCAAAAUGCAUGAGCAUCCUAUUUUAUUUUUGGCAUCAACACUUUAUCCGUUUCUAAAUAUAGGCAGCUGUUUGUGUCACUUUCAAAAGAAAAAUGGAAUCUGGAAGACGGUCAUUUCUUUUAUCAUCACCAUUUUGAUCAGCCCUGCUUCGUGUGAUAUAUUUGAACUGAUUUGUCCGGAGCAGGUACCGGCAGCUCUUGGCAGUAACACCACAAUCAACUGUACAGUGAGUGGGGACCAUCACGAUUUAGAUCAAGUUUGUUGGAGUCGUGAAGGAAGACCUAUAGCAGGAUACCAGAGCAAAUGUAUGAUUCAUGGAAUCCUCUUGGACGAGAAUCAUGUUAGACAAGGAGAUGUUUCCCUUAUAAUUCCAUUUGUGCAGGAGUCUGACAGUGGGAAUUAUACCUGCUUUGUGUUCAAGAAAGAGACUUAUCGUACCAGGAACAUCACACUAAGUGUAGAAGCCCAAAAUGAAAUGAAGAAACAAGAACACUCAAAGCCUACACCAAAUAACAAUGGCACAGUUACUACUGGUCCUAAUCGAGAGCUUCCGAGUAAUUAUCUUAGGUGCAUCAUUUGCAUCAUUCAUAUUUACUGCAUUACUGGUCUGGAGAGUUUUGAUGAAGAAUUGAAGAAGUGGAUGAGUAUACUAAAAGGGUCUCAGAAGCUCAAAGGCAUUAAUUCAAACGGGGGAUUUUUUUACUUGAAAGACUACUGCAGUUUCACAUCAAGCACAUUGGUGUUCACGCUUUCCUUCCGUUGUGCCAAAUCCUGGAAGUCAUCGUCCGAACUAAUGUUCUGUUUUUGUUGAAGGAGUACCUUGGAGUUUAAGGACAGUCUGUUACUGAUAAGACCAUGAGUGAUCACUGUAAGCAAUAAAGCGGAGAACAUGUUUCCAAAAGGCAGCAAAAAGUCACCAGCCAUGGCCUAACUCUUGUUUGAUAUAAACUAAGCAGUUUGGGGUGGAUUUAUGACGUGGCUAAGAGAAGGUGGGGUUGGUUUCAGGCUGUUUGCACACUGUGUUAAUUGGGUUUUCAGGACUUUAAUUUUAAAGUUCUAGAUCAGCAUUAAUAUAAGGACCUCCUUUUGUUAAAUUAAAAUAUUGUGGCUUAUUUUUCUUCCACAAAAGUGACCACAUCCAUGGAGAAAAAGGGAAAAGCUUUUAUUUUGUAAAUAUUGUGUAUAGUAUAUUUAUGUAUUUUCGUUUUUCCUUGGGAUGUUCAGGGCCACACUAUUACUGUAUAUUUUGUUACAAUAAAUUUCAAAUGUUUCCUGUGUAA